GUCCUUCGCCUUGUGUUUGGAUCUGCUGCGGGUAGAAGAUGAGUGGGAUGACGAGCUUCCGAUUUCUGAUUGUUUUACCCGUUGUUCUUCGGCGAUCGAAUGGAACUUUAAUUUUUAGCUUUCUAAUUCUUUCAUCGAGAGGAUUGCUGGAAGAUUGAGUUUCUAUGGAUGUGCCCAUCUGCUGGUCUGGGUAUAUUUAUAGAUUCUCGUGUUGCAAAAGUGAUGUUAUAUAUGCUUAUAAAAAAAUCUGAAUUCUCCACGGAUGUCGAAUUUUCCUUUUUUUUCCCCGAAAUAAAUGAGAGUGGUACAUACUUGUCUGUGAAAAUCCUUUUUUUGGCUUUUAAAUAGAACUGGUCUUGUGCAGUCGUCGCAUGUACCUGCUUUUGAAAAUCUCAGUUCGCCAGUGCCACGAUUGGAAUUGUUCGGAUGUCUUAAAUUAAACAGAUGUUCUUACCUUUGAAUAUUUUAUGAAUAUGGAUUCUUGAUAUUAGCCAAACUUUUCACCAAUGAGUAUAGAAGCAGCAGAGAGGGAUAUUAUUUCUGUAACCCCUGAGAUAUCAAGGCCUAAAAGUUCAGUGGGAAGAAACCUGACAGGGAAAAAGGAAGGUUCAUCUGAGGAAAAGCCAGUUCCUCAUUACCUAAGAGCUUCCACAAAUUCUUGCCAUGAUUUGUGCAAGUAUGGAAUAAAGCAUGAUGUCGAGGUUAAGAAAAGGCGACCUAUUCGCAAAAAAAAAUUAGCCAAUAAAGACAACCCUAUUGGUGAAAAAGAUGAAGGCACCGUUGUUAACAAACUAGAGAGAGGAAAGAAAGAUUAUUCAGAUUUGCCACCUGAGAAGCCAGAAAAUGGUUUGCCACCUGAGAAGCCAGAAAAUGAUAUGCCACCUGAGAAGAUAAUUCAGAUUUCUGAUCUUCCAACUGAAAAGAUAAUUCAGCUUUUUGACUCGACUACAAAUCCAGAAGAAGUUUCAGUUCAAGGUUCCAUGGAUUGGGAGUUCGAUUUUCCCUCAAGUGCUAAGAUGACUGAUUCACUUGUUAAGCAUGCACCUCCGAAUCAAGAUGACGGAUCAUCAGAGGAAACAACAUGCAUCGAACUAAUGACGCCAUCAUCCGUUUCACCAAGCAAUGCUUCUGAUUUGCGUGAGUCAAAUUAUCUGUCAGAAGGAUUAGGAUUACCUGUGAAGCCCAUAAGCAUCAAUCUAGAUCAGAAAGCAGUGGAGAAUGUCAUUGCCUUUAGUGAGAUUGGACCUACAGAAGGAUCAUCAACUGAACCUGUCGUGGUAAAACUCAUGGUUUCAUCAUCAACUGAACACAUCAAUGCUUCGGUCACUCAUACAUCUUCCAAUCUUCUAGAAGGGAUCCACCAUACAUCUUCCAAUCUUCUAGAAGGGAUCUCUGAAGAGCUGAAUGCCGCAUUUCCUGUACAGGAACACACUGCUUCUAGUGAGCAUACCACUUUAAGCGAACUGGACGCAUCGCCUGUUGAAGUCUCAAGCGUGAAGCCUAAGAAUCACAAAAAUGCAAUAUCAGCCAGGAAGGAACUUGCCAAUGGUGGUAUACCACGCAAGACAACAACACUAUACGGUGCAAAUAAAAGGGGACAAAAGGUAGGUCCUUGUCUAGUAGCCAAAGCAAAAGGAGAUAUAACUGAACUCAAAAGUGCAGAUGAAAAUAUUGGCGCACACGGAAGAACCAAAAUCAUUCGACCUGCAAAGGUCAUGGUAUCUGGGAUUUCAAAUACAAAGGAAAAGAAUUCGUUAAGUGUAAUUAGCAAAUCGGUAAUUUCUAGAAAGACAGAGACUAAACAGAUGAAUAACAACCUUGUUGCUGAGACAACCAGGACAGUCAAGAAAAGAGCUUUAUCAGCUGGUAAGACUGCUAAUGAAUCUUCUGAGCCAGCCAACCCCGUGAAAGCCAGGGAUCUCUUACUUAAAGCUAUGUCUCAAUCAACUUCUUCAGAAAAUCUGAAUCAAUUACAGAGUGAUAAGAUAAGCAAGGUUUCAAGCCAUUCAGGUAGAGAAGUGAACAAAGUACUGGGGCAAUCCUUGAGUUCUCUAUCUGUGCGAUCCCUUACUAGAAAAGUUUCAACAAGAAAGUUAUGUAAAGACAGGAAUAUAACCCCCAUCCCUCUGGUGAAAAUUGAAAACAGAGCUGGGAAACUGGGACCAAAGAAAGAAAGUGGUGAAUGUAGUGGGCCAAAACAAGAGAACAUAAAUCUCAGGUCUCUGAAGCAAAAUGUUAGAAAGCAUGUGGAAGUGAAUAAAUCUGUUGGGAAAGAGGGUAACAUUGGUUCUAAAUCUCGUGGAGUGAAUGAACCUGAUAUGAGACAAGCAGUAGCACAAGGAAGCUCCAUUGUUAUAUCCAAGGAUCAAAUUGGUAAACCGCAUAGAAGAACCGCAAGCAUCCAGUCAGAUAAAUUAUCUACACCUCUCAAGUUGAAAUUCAGCAGAGGUAAGGUAGUCAACCUGCAAUCUGAGAACAAGGCACCAAGAAUACUGAAAUUCAGACAGGCUAAAAUAGCAAGUGACAAACAAAAUGCUAUAGGUGACGUUGAUACAAAAUUUACUGUUAUCUCCAAGAGUCAGAUUGACAGACCACAUAGAAGAACCGCAAGUGUCCACUUGGAAGAUAAAUUUUCCACCCCUCAGAAGUUGAAAUUCAGAAGAGGUAAGGUCACUAGCCUGCAACCUGAGAACAAUGUGCCAAGAAUUCUCAGAUUCAGACGUCGUAAAUUGGCAAGUGACAACCAAAACGAUGAAGGAGAUUUCCAUACAAAGUUUCUUAGGAGUGGUCGAAGUGUUCCAAACUCCAAUGCUUCCCUUGCAAAAGCACUUAUAGUCCUUCUGAAGCACCAAGAUGUGCAGGAAAAGAAAGACACGCAACGUUUGUUGAAUCAGGUGAUUGAGGAAACUGCUAGUAAACUUGUUGAAACGAGGAAGAGCAAGGUGAAGGCCCUGGUUGGUGCUUUUGAAACUGUUAUCUCACUUCACGAAGGCAAAGUGUCUCCUCCUCGAGUUCCACCAACUCUUUCUGAUGCUUCAUUUCCACGAUUGCGUGCGUCAUAAUAUUCUCUUCUUUGCCAUUGAGUCUGCAUGAGAUUGGAUUGCAUACUAAUAUGCUCUGAAGGUGUUCUCUCAGGCAACAGAAUAAAAUUAGAAUCAGAAUAAAAGGCUAACAGGUUUUGCUUGUGUUUGUUUUAGUCCUGCUGUAUAUUUCAAAUAAGUUUUGCUACUCGUUUUUCUAUUUUGUUUGUACCUUGACUUUUCUCGUUCCACACUUGUCUAAGCUUAGUGGAUAAUCAAAACACCUGUCAGACAGUAAUAAAUAAAUUUGCUUUUCAUUUUUUUUUUAAGUUCUU